AUGGCGAUUGAUCUCGUCACCCCCGAGGCCACCAAGGUGCGAACGCCCGCGGCUGCCAUGAACCCAAUUCUAAUCAGCAAGGCCCAAGCGGUUUUGCUUCAAGGAAGAGUUGCGACAACUCACCAGCCGUUCCAGCCUAGUAGCAGUCCAAUGCUCCAAGGACCAAUUCCAUACCGAGGACGAAGCCCCAAACGAAACCGCCAAGACUAUAUAUCGAAAAUAUACAACAACCUGGCGGACGAACUAGACAAACCUGGCCCAAUUGACAUCGAACAACAUGCCGAAAGCGUUCUCACGAAAGAGAUGGACCGCCUUCAGACGCGUACUGAAGUUCUGAGAACCUUUGCGACCGUGAUCAACGACUGCGCCAAACAAUACACCAAAGGCUAUGCUUUGCAGAUUGCGCGGGAUUUCUCCAAAUCUCUGCUAAUUCAAUGGGAUAACUUUAUGCGUCAGCAACCCGGUGAAAAAAAGGGCAUAUACCCUAAGGACAACAUAGCGGUGAAGCUUCAUAAACCCGCCGCCAACAUCUCGAACCCCGGCCUUGAUCCCCGCCCCGCUCCGGCCGGCGGCUAG